CAAAAAGCUGCAAAUCUCUCUCUCUCUCUCUCUCUGUAGCCUGUAGGUGUUCAUAUAUGGUUACAUUACAUAUAAAGCUAAGCAGAUUUAGCUUCCCCUCUAAAUAGUUACCCAUAUCCAUGAGCAUGCUAUAGAGAGCUAGCUGUAACGCUAUAUAUAUAUAUAGUAUAGCAAGAGGACUUUGUUUCUUGUUCAUUUUUGAAUGGCUUCUUCUUCUUCUUCUUCGUCAAGUUGUUGGGUGCAACUCUUCAUCUUCGUUGAGGUUUGGUUCUUCUUCAAUGUUGGGUGUCUUGACGGUGUGAAUGCAGCAUCGUUGACGGCAGCGACAGUGGGUAACAUUUCAAAGGUGGAAGAAGCCGUCAAUUUCCAUAUAUACUAUGGCCAGACCUUCAAAGUUAUCAAGAACGCCAUUGACGGGAAGAGCUACCUUCUCAUCCAGAAAAAUUCGAGGAUGGCAGCAAGGACAAAGUAUUGCACCUCAAGGAUCAAAUCAUUUGUCAUUCCACUGUCAAACUAUUCCAUUGAUGCCGAAUUAUUUCCAGUGUCCUUUUUGGAGCUUUUAGGGUUACUAGGGAACUUGAAGGGCAUUACAUCAGAUCCUGUGGCUUCUCAAUGCGUAUUAAAAUUAUACCAAAGUGGAGAAAUUCAGACAAUCAACAAGAGUGAUCCGCAACAGCUUGUGCAAUUCGGGGCACACUUUGUUACCAGCACUGAUCAACCACAAGGUUGCAAUAUUGCAUCUUUUGUUCCCUUCGUAGAAGACACACCUCUGCAGAGGGCAGAGUGGAUCAAGUUUUUGGGAGUUUUCGCAAAUCUUGAAACGACAGCCAAUGAAGUCUACGAUGCAAUUAGAGAGAAUUAUUUAUGCCUGACUAAAGUUGCAGCAAGCAAGAAACCCUUCAAACCGACAGUAGCUUGGAUGGGAUAUUAUGAUGGUGUCUGGUCAUUUACAAAGGAAGCAUACAAGUUGAAGUAUACAGAAGAUGCAGGCGGAGAGAACGUGGACAACUCUAUCAAUAAGAUGACUUAUAACAUCUCUAAUCCUGAAGAUUUGGAUCAAUUGCAUGCCAUCCUAUGUACUGUGGAUGUAGUCAUUGACGAAACAUAUACUACCGAUCCGGCAGGCUACACUUUAUCAACCUUCUUCCAAAAUAUAUUCAUUGAAGAUCACUCUUGUUUUUCUUUUCUUGCAAACCAAACUUUAUGGAGAUAUGAUAAGAGAAUUUACAAUUCAACUCUUGAUUGGUUCGACGGAGCGGUCUCUCAGCCUCAACUAGUUUUAGCAGAUCUUAUUGAAGCUUCAUUUCCUACAGGAAAUUACACGACAACAUACUUUAGAAACCUUGCAAAGGAAGAAGCAGUAAUAAGCAUUGGUCCUAACAUGUGUGAUAGAGAGACCUCCACAGCAAUGCAGCCCACAUUAGUAGCUUGCAGAUAAUGCUACAAAUCAUUUCAAAUUUAUUUUUUUCAAGUUUCUUUAACUUUCCUUAAUUUGAAGAUAUGGGUUAUACAAUAAUAUAAUUUUCAUUCAUUAGUUUUA